UCGUGGUAAAAGCAGCAUGAUAAAAGCGGAAAUAAGAAAAAUGUUGAGGCUAUUUUAGCAAAUAUAAAUCCAAAUCUUCACCUUCCUCCUCCGUAGAUCGGCGUUUGCUUACCACCAAGAUUUCCGUCGAAAUUUCCCUCUCAAUCUCUCUCUGGUGCUUUGCAUAUUGAUAUAGUGAAUAGAAAAGUGAAAAUGGAUCUGAAUCCCAUUAAGGAUGCAUUUGAUCGGGUUGCAAAGAAGCAAAAGCUGUCCGGUUCUAAAGCUCAAGAAGUGAUUGACCAGAUCAUGCAAGAAAUUGAAAAUGCAGUGGAAAUAAUACGGUCUGAACAUUCUGGCUCUGAAUUCAACUAUACAUCUGUUCUUCCUGAGCUUAAUAAAAAGCUGCAAGAAAUUUCACCUCUCAGUCAGCUGGAAGGCGCACAGAAGGAACUGAAUAUAGCCCUGAGCAAGUACCCAAAGCAGUUAGAGAAAUCUUUCAACCCAGAUAUUUCCAAGGCUUACAGAAACAUUGACUUUGAUAACCACACCAUCAACCAGAUCAUUGCAAGCCAUUUUUACCGACAUGGCUUGUUAAGUAUUGGUGACUGCUUUGUAAAUGAGGCCGAGGAGCUAGAAUCUACUAUUGCUAUGAGAUCCCUGUUCUCCGAAAUGUAUAUGAUAGUAGAGGCUAUGAAGGAUCGAAACCUAGAGCCUGCAUUAAGGUGGGCUGCUGCCAACUCUGAUAAACUUAAAAAAAAUGGUUCAGAUCUUCAGCUGAAACUUCAUCGCCUGCAGUUUAUGGAAAUACUGCAAAAUGGAAGUAGAAGUGAAGCCCUUGCAUAUGCAAGAACUAAUAUUACUCCUUUUGCAUCCACCCAUUUGGGUGAAAUUCAGAAGCUCAUGGGUUGUCUCCUAUGGGCUGGAAAGCUUGAUUGCUCCCCAUACUCUGAAUUACAGUCCCUGGCUAAUUGGAACACAAUUGCUGAUGAGCUAACCAGGCAAUUCUGCAAUCUUCUGGGGCUGGCUUUUGAAAGCCCAUUGAGUGUGACAAUAGCAGCAGGUUUUCAAGGUUUACCACCACUUUUGAAGUUUAUGACUGUGAUGGCAGGAAAGAAACAGGAGUGGCAUUCAAUGAAGCAGUUGCCAGUGCCAGUGGAGCUGGAUAAAGAGUUUCAGUUCCAUUCCAUCUUUGUAUGCCCAGUGUCGAAGGAGCCAUCCACUGAUGAGAAUCCCCCAAUGUUGAUGUCUUGUGGUCACGUGCUGUGCAAACAAUCCAUCAAUAAGAUGUCAAAGAACAGCUCUAAAAUCUUCAAGUGCCCUUACUGUCCAUCUGAUAGCGAUGCAACACAGUGUAGGCAGCUGUAUUUCUGAUUUGUUCUCUCACGUGUACAUUGUCAUGUAUCAAACUCUCUUACUCUCUUUAAAUGUAUGAAUUGUGUAGAAACUGAUGGUGGUGGUGUGUUGUGUAGCCAAGGGCAUGCUGACAGUGACAAAGCUGGUCUAUUGUGUACUGUUUGUUGAUGAAUUUCUUGUAAAUAGAAAUUCUUUUCACAUUAA